UCAUCACGAACUGUCAACGUUUCAAUAUGUCGUCUGUUCUUGUGCAGUUGAUUCGGUGUGGAACGAACGAUAAGUUCACCCAUUUGUUUUUGCCAGUAGUUGAAUUUUAAUAUUAGUGUGUUAGCAUACAAAAGUAGGCGGUGGAGUAAGCGGGUUAAAAGCGCUGCACGCGCGAGCUUACAUGGUCACCCGGCGAGUAUGGCCUACCUUGAACUAAACGUAGAACAAGUGACGCGCGCUGCUGAGCUUCUCGGGCCCUUACCGCAGGCCCACGACGUCGAGGAUUCUCUAAACAACGUCAUCGACCCACGGAUCGACCUCUCCACCAAUGCUCCCUGGGCAUGUGCGAGUCUAAAAGCUGAUGCUGAAACAGACGAGAAGACGAGCCCAGUGCAGAAGUGCGUAGAGGAACCAUCUGUAUAUCCAGACAUCCCAUUCGAAGUGGCCCGGUACUUGGCCUCGGAACAGCUGGAUCUGCGCGUACCGUGUACCGUAUCCGAGCCCAACCGUAAACCUGUGGCAUCUAGUGGGGGAUCUCCUCUCAGAGCUCCCCUUUCCCUCGCCCACAAUGUCCUUGCACUUAAGCAAACAACGAUAGGCAACCCUCAAGAAUGGGACACAGAGACGGCGAGCACCACAGAAAGCAAGUGCGAAGCUGCAGCCGAGAACUGGGCAGGGAGUCUCGACAUAUCGCACAAGGACUUGCCGUCAGUGCACCACUGGAGGCGAGAGUCCGGCACCAUGUCGGCCAAGGACGACACACAUUCGAUCUGUUCCGAAACAGAGUCCACGUUCUCAUUUUGGAGCAAGGACGGAGAGUUGCAGUCUUUACGGUCAACCGUUGCAGUACAGACGGAAGCUGACAGGGUGGUUGCGCGGCUGGAAGGAGAGCUGGAAUCUCUAGCGGCUGAACUGACGAGAGCCCUGCAGGAGAAAGCGCAGCUGCAGCUCACCGGGGCACGAGCGUUAGUCGCUGAGCAGGAAGUCAAGGGGGGAACUGGCAUGCAGCAAGUCAGGGACCUCGAGGAGCGAGUGUUGGAGCUAGAAGCUGAAGCCAUGCGCUAUCGUAGGGUACUCUGUGACUUCGAGGGACUCUUGGCACAAAAGGACUCCGAGGCGGAAGCACUGCGUGAGGAAUUAACUCAGCGUGACAGGGGCGAUAGCGACCUCCGUGCUGCUCUUGAAGAACGCAAGGUUGAACUGGAGGCCCGUACAGGAGCAUCAGAGGGUCUCAAGCUGAAGAUUGCAGACCUUCAUGUGGAAGUUCAGCGCAUGAAGGAUGAGAAGGCCAAGCUCGAGGGGCAGACCCGUACACUACGCAGCGAGCUAGCAACUGCUCAAAAGUCCAAGGAGUGGUUUCGACAACAACUUCACGAGAGCCAACAGAACCGAGACGAGAUUCACCGGAACCACGUGGCGUGUCAGGCCGAACGCAUUGCUCUGGCCGCGGAGGUGCAGCAGCUACGCACCGCGGAGGCACGUGCGCGUCGAGAGGUGGCUGCCCUGAACCAACGAUCUCUCGAAGAAAAGGCGGAGCUAGCCCACAGGCUGGAGGAGAUUCAAGCCCAGUGGGUGGCGACCCAGAGCACGAUGGCAAACAACGUAGAUGUCUCCAACAAUCAGACAGUCCCCAGUGCCAUCAACGGCCCUCACACUGAAGAGAGAAUGGCUGACCUGGAGCACCAGCUGAGUGGUCUUAUGAGUACUCUGGCAGCAAAGGACGAGGCCCUGCUCCAAGCUAGCAGAGAGAGGGCACAGUCAGCGCAGGAACUACACGAGGUGAAGCUGAAGCUGGGUGAAAGUGAGCUAUUGCGCCUGCAAAGCGAGGACCGGUUGCAGCACAGUGUUCAAAGUGAACAACGACUGCAAGCAGAGAUGUGCAAGGUUCAGGAAGAGCUGCAAGCCCUCAGGUCUGAGCAGGCCCAAACAUUGUCGGCUCUUGCGGCAGCCAAUGAGGAGAAGGCUGUGGUCCAGGCAUCUGUCUCCGAGAUGUCUGCCAACAUUGCGGGCUUGGAAGCUAACUUCAAGAUCAUGCAUUCUCAGCUGCUUGCCAAAUGUGCACAGGUAGAAGAACUUGAGAAAGCUAGAGGCAGCCACAUGCACACCCUUGCUGAAGCGCAGCCACAGAAGAAUGCAGUGCAGGAAACCAGUGGACAAACACCCUCAGACGAGCCAGCAGGGGCCAACCUUGAUAGUCCCGUUGAUCGUGGUAGAAUGGCUGUAGAGACGGACCAGCUCGUCAAAGCGUGUGAAGAAAUCGAACAGGAGAGCGCACAAACCAAAAAUGAUGCCUCUGGGGACAAAUUUAUUGCAAGAUCCCAGAAGUACAGCUUGAGUGUACUGGCGCGCAAGUUACGUGAAACGAGGCAACAGUUGCAGUGUGCUCAGGCGGAGCUGGAGCAGUACCGUUUGUCUGGUGCAGCGAUGGCAAAACCACAUGAAAAUGAUGAGACCAGUAGCGCAGAGAUUCAGAGGCUGCUGCUGCAACUUGAAAAGGAGCAAGGCAAGCUGGAAGGAUGUCGACAGGCGCAAGGCCAACUGGGACGUCAUGCCACAGAGUUGGAGAAGCAACUGGCCGAGAAAGAGGCUCAGCUAGCCCAACUGUCCUUCCAACUAAAACAGGUGGAAGAGAUGGCAUCCGCGGGACUUCAGCUCCGAGACGCUCAGAUGGAAAGCCUCUGUCAGGAGCUCUCCAAGGAACAGAGCCUCACCAAAGACACGAGACAGAAGGUGUACGAAGAAAAGAAACGGUGCGCACGUCUGAACAGUCUGCUGAACGGCACAAAAGACGCCCUGCAGGAGUCCAAAGCACAAGUCCAAGCGAAGCAGCUGGAGGUGCAGGACCUUCAGAAACAGCUGCAAGAGAAAGAAGCAGCUCUGGUGCAGGUCAGCUCUCAGUGCAAGGGUCUGAUGGAGCAAGUGGCACUGGAACAGCACAGGGCGCAGGAUCUGGAAUCACAGUUGCUGACGGCUCACGAACGAGAUCCUGCUCUUGAGCAGCACAUGAAGUUGCUCAGCUGGAAGGUGAAGGAAGAAAGCCAGCAAGUAGCUGCUCUUAAAGAGCAAGCUGCACGGUCAGGCGAAGCUCACCAAGAAGAGAUCGAGGCCAUGCGCAAAAUGCUUCAGGAGACGCAAAAGCGCUGCCAAACUCUGUCUUCCGAGCUGUCACUGGCACGGAAAGAAAAACUGGCUCUAGUAGCGCACUUGCAAGAAGUUCGUGCUGCUUUGCGGUCACGUCACGACCAGUACAAGGAGCUCCAGCAAGAGCUACACGAGGUGGCCGAAUCUGCCAAGGUGCCGCAGCUUCCAGAGCCAUCACCCUACCAGGAUGCAUAUCUGAAUCGCUUGCUUCAGCAGUGUGCAUUAUUGUCUGGCACAGGACCUCUUGGUCACUUGCAAGACUGCCUGCAUUCCUUAAAGCAAGAUUUGCACACCUUGCAAAGCCAAGUGAAGCAGCAGAGCAUUCCAGGUGGCACCGUAGAUGCCACUAGCUGAACGGACAACGACGGAGACCCCAACACCUCCCUACUGACUAGUGUCUUCUGCCACUUUAGCAGGUGGUCCCCAGUGCAAUGGUUUUCAACGUCCUAAUAUGUCUAGUCCAUGCUUAAUCUGCGAUAACUCAUUGUGCCUUAAUGAUGUAUACUCUUGUAUCUUCCACCAGUGUUGCCACAUACACAGUUGAAUCUCAUUAAUACAUGUGGGACGACAGGGUGUGUGCUUUCAGUAAAACACUGAAAUAUCCA